AUGGCGGUGAAGCUCGGCGUCAUCGUCUACGUGGUGCUCCAGCUCAUCGCGUUCGUGUGUGUGAUGAUCGGCACGGGGGUCGAUAUAUUUUACAUUAAACCGGAGAGCAGCGGAGGCCACAGGUUAUGCGUCACGUUGUGGGGUGGAAAGGAUGAUUGCCGAAAGCCCAAGGUUAUCAGCUCCCUGGACGAAUUGUGGGGGAAUUGCACGCGCAUCCGGGACAACUUCCGCGCUGCUGAGGCGUUCGCUAUCAUCUCUGUCAUCGUGUACGGCUUUGCGUUCCUCUUCGGCUGCCUUUUGCUGUGCUGCUGCUCUGACUUCCGCUGGGUCUGCCUGGCGCUGAACAUCGUGGGCGCUGUCACCGCUUGCGUUGUCUGGGCGCUCAUGGUGGUGACCUACCGACUACAAGAGGAAAAGUGUGAGGUGCUGAGCGACGAUUUUGUAUUCGGCACGGGCUUCGGUCUCUACGUGUUCGCGUGGGUGCUGGAUAUCCUCAACAUCAUCUUCCUGAUGCUCCCGUGGCAACUCGGCCAAUCCGGUGAGGAAGCGGAAGAGCAUGCCGCGGUGACAAAGGCAGCGGAGCAGUAG